ACGUCAUUGCUGCGCAGCCGCAGAUGUGUCGCAGCGGAGAGCUGAGGUGGACUUCUUCUUUUCAGGCAGUGAGAGAGGCACAGCGUAGUUCAUCAGCUUAAGCUCAGGAACUAACUAACCCUACCUGACGACCUCUCGGCCUCCGCGAUGAUUCGUAUAACCGCCGUCCUCGCUCUGCUGGUGGUCGCCUGCUCCGGAGAGAGCUGUACAGACCCAGCGAUCACCCCGUCGGCCUACACCACCUCCGACGCCGUCAUCUCCUCCGAGUCUGUGUUCAUCGUUGAGCUCAGCCUGGCCUGUGCCAACGGAGCACAGAGUGUGACUCUGUAUGCUGAUGUCAAUGGAAGGCAGUUCCCUGUGACCAGAGGCCAGGAUGUUGGCAAGUACCAGGUGUCCUGGAGUCUUCCUCACAAACAGGCCAGCUCUGGAACAUAUCAGGUUAAAUUCUUUGAUGAGGAGUCCUACAGUGCCCUGCGCAAGGCCCAGAGGAACAACGAAGAUGUAAAUGCCAUUGAGCCUCUCUUCUCUGUCAACAUUGACCACAGGGGUGCGUGGAACGGCCCAUGGGUGUCUACUGAGGUGGUGGCUGCCCUCAUGGGUAUCCUGGUCUACUACAUGGCCUUCAGUGCUAAGAGCACCAUCCAGGCAUAAACGACUCACAAUCACUUGAUUGUUACAGACUGAACUCUGGUGGAUCUCGACCAACGAUCCAUCAUCCAGUGUUGUGGCAAACCGAUAGGAUUUUGCCACUUGAUCUGCUUUGGGACAAGGAACAAGAACCGCAGUCUUUGUAUUUUUUUAAUCCAGACUGUCUGUAUGCCAUCAGUCAUACACAUUUUCAAAUGAAUUUCGUCAUAAGUUUCUCUUGUCAAUAUUGGAUGGGAUUUUGUAAUGUUUUUUUUAUAAAACCAAACAAUAAACCUGGACCACAGAAAUAAACAAAACACAUAUAAAAAUUAUGUAUUCAGUUCUGCUUAAAACCUAUUGCUAGAUCAUAUUGUCCUUUGUCCUUCUGUGUGGAUGCGCUGGCAGGAGUGGGACUUGUAGAGACGUGCUGAACACAAAGAAAGAGCAGUCGCAUAUGAAAUGUCAAUAAUGUGACUACACUGGCUGGCCUGAACAGGUCUAGUGUAUAUGUCUCCUAAGUUAAUUCAUUAAAUUGCUUGUUUUCUUCCA